GGAAAUGACAGAAAGUCUCACUCUAUGUGUUGAGAAGAGUCCAAAACCCAAAGAAAAAACAUAAGCAUACAGCAAAAGAUUGAUUCACAUGGAUACUAAAGACAUAGAAAAUGAAGGGGACAAAGCCAACAAAUGCACAGACAUAAAAGAAAGUGGUAAAAUGACAGAACCAAGUGACAAAACCACAGAAAAGUUUUUAACUACAUACAAAAAUAAUGGUGAUGAAUAUAUAGGACCAAAUGGUGCAAAUGUUAACUUUGAUAAAUCUGUAUACAGCAAGACAUCAAGUAAAGCAAAAACAAGGAACAAAAAUAAAUUCCUUAGAAGGUCUAAAUCAUGUCAAGAUAUGUCAACAUCGAAACACAAGACUAUCCCACACUCAAACUCUUUCUGUGCAAAGCCAUUUAACAGUUCCAAUAGACAAGCGUCAAUUCCUGAAAUUGAUGGUGACGAAAAGUUUGAAGCUCCACAUAAUAACCAGUCUCCUGUUGCUAAUGAAUCAUCAUCAUCAGCAGCAUCAAUAAAGUCAACCGAUUGUGAAGCUUAUGUGCCAAAGAAAGUACCAACCUUCAUUCUGAAUGACCUUGACUCUGAGGAAGAACCCUUUUCCAGAGAGAAAUCAGACACAGAGAAUCCAUCUGUUUCUUCAGCAUCCAAAAAUGUCAACUAUGUUUCAUCUGCACAGCUUUCAUUAACACAGUCAUCACAAUCAUCAAUGGAGUCUCCCAUAUUACCAAUAAAGUCAUCAAGUUCAAGUUCAUCACUGGACUCUUCAACACCACCUACAUUACAAUCAGUACAGACUUCAGUUUCAUUACCGGUAGCAGUAAUCUCACCAACACCAACUCCAAGCUCUCCAUGUAAGUAUUUUUUAAAUAGUUUUUAAACAACAGCUCAUAGAACACAAAAUGCCCCCCUUAAUGCAUUCAGAAACUGCACAAAGAGCAGAAAUUAUUUGGUCACUGUGCACUGGACGUUUAACCUGUAAUAAAUAAUUACGGGUCAUUUACCAGCAAUAAGUAACUUCGGUAUCAAAUAAGGUCUUUGAGCACACUGGAUAACUGGCUAUCCAUACGCCCGCUUGACAAACAAGAGCUGUCACAGCACUUGACUUACUUCGAUGCUGGAUCGUGAAACUGGGCACAUCUGAGGAAACUGGAGCUGUCACUAGAGUGUUUAAUGACUCCAAUAGUCAUACAUGUGAUCUCCCGCUCGGGAGGGUCAAAUCCCGAUUUUUUCACCUUGCCUCCCAUCUCCCGACCAAAACCAUAUUUCUCCCGCUUUUCAAAAAAAAAAAAAAAAAAAAAAAAACAAGAGCUGUCUCCAUAGGGUGACACAUGCCCCCGAUGGCACUUUGAAUGAAUAGUUAUGGCCGAUGUUAGAGUUUAGGACCUUUGACCUACGUCUUGCGCGCGACACGUCGUCUUACUGUGGUACACAUUCAUGCCCAGUAAUUUUAAAAUCCAUGCAUGAAUGACAAAGAUAUGGACCGGACACGCCCAUCAAUGCACUAUCAUGAAAUAUGACCUUUAACAUCUAAGUGUGACCUUGACCUUUGAGCUACGGACCUGAGUCUUGCGCAUGACAUGUCGUCUUACUGUGGUACACAUUCAUGCCAAGUUAUUUGAAAAUCCAUCCAUGGAUGACAAAGAUAUGGACCGGACACGAA